UGCUAAUACAACGAUACAGACCCGGAAGUACUAAGGGCUCUGUUAUGGUUGUGGAUGUAGCAAAGUCCUGUAAGAAUACUCAAGUUGGUGUAUGCAUAAACUGUUGUUAUUUAACGUAGGCCAGGUAUGUGAAGAAAUGUUUGUUUGCACGUGUAUCUCGUAGACGAUGGCCAUGGGAAUGCAUCGUUCUAUUACUCCGUGUUCAGUUCGAAAGUAAUGGUCUUCCGAGUUUUUAAGGCUUCGCACUAGAUUCGUAGCAUGCAUUAUCAACUCUGAAACGAGCUGGGAAAGCCAGCAGGGGUGUCUUGCAAACUGUCAGACGCUGCUUAUUGUUGAUUAUCAGCUGACAAAGUGUAGAAGUAGACCUCAUCUAGCCGUCGUAUAAAAGAUAUUACCUUGUCAGCUAUUUGUGAAUAUGGACCGUCACCACAACAGAGGCCAGCCCAACUCUGAUGGCCAUCAAAAUCGUUUCAGUCAAGAGAGGUCAUCCCUAAAAAGAGGUCGUGAACAUGACCGGGGAAAUGAAAUUCAUGCUAGGCGUGUGAGACCUAAUGAGUCUGUUUCGCCCCAGACCUUAAGAGUUUUGCGCCAGCUCUAUGACAGAGACUUUCCCAUCUAUAAACAGCCUGUCGAAGUCGGAUUCUUUUCAUUAGAUUCCAAGCGCAAUUUUUGGAAUGACGCAAGGCUACUUCGUUAUUACGUUGAGCCUGAAAAAUGUCCCAACUUUAACCUAAGGGAUGGUUAUCGUGAUCGUUUCGUGAAAAGGGAUGACGGCAUUAAAGAGAAACUUGACCACAUUCUUCGAUGGAUUUUAGCGAAUUCCCACAAAAUGCAGUCUAAAGAUGCCACCUGUCCGUUAGGUGUAGACUUUGUUACUUGGCGUGGCCACCUAACCAAGCUGUUAACAACUCCAUAUGAGACACAGGAGGGCUGGUCGCUUGCUGUAUCCAAACUGGCUGGGACUCUUUACAUUAGUGAAGUGGAGACUGAGUAUGCCCGCAGAAACCGCGACAACCGGACAGAAAGACAUGAAGAGAUGAUGUAUUGGGGCUACAAAUUUGAACAGUACACCUGUGCAGAUGAACCACAGGCUUCUCCUGACUCUGGAGGGGUGGUGAAUACCAAUGAAGCAUUCUGCACAGUUGUCCAGACACGACUUGCUGAACACAAGCUGCUCUUCUCUGGGGAAGUAGACUGUCGGGAGGCCAACCCUCAGGCACCCCCUGCUCCUGCCUGCUACAUUGAGCUGAAGACCUCUGCUGAGAUCCAUACCCCCAAACAACGCAGCAACCUCCAUAGGUACAAGCUUCUUAAAUGGUGGGCACAGUCUUUUCUUCCUGGAGUUCCUAAGAUAGUGGCAGGGUUUCGAGACAAUGAUGGACUAGUGGUUCAUAUGGAGACAUUCAAAACGUCCCAGAUCUCUCAGCUGAUAAAGACGGAAUAUAACUGUUGGAAGCCAACAGUUUGCAUGAACUUCUGCAGUGACUUUCUGUCCUUCGUGAGAAAAACUGUCACAGAAGAUGAUCCAAGGUUGGUGUACUUGUUCUCGUGGGACCCACACAAAGAUGUCACAUUCACAAUCCACCGAGACUCCGAGUAUACCUUCCUGCCAGACUGGUUUGUGAAAGAAAUAACAAGGCUUCGUUGUGAGACUCAUGUUCCACCACGAGCCUGAGAUAAAGACAUCAAAAGACUUCAGCUGCAUAACCGUCAAGUUGAACUUUUUGUAGCUUGGGCAAAGACGGGGCCUGAAGGCACAGAGCCAAGGUUGGUGCACUGCAAAUGCAUUUACAUGUAAAUCUGUGAUGCAACACAGCAAUGGAGAUAUCUACAUUUUUUUAAAUUCCAUUUCCUUAAUUUGUUGUCUUUAUUUUUACACUGUUAAUAGAUUUGUGUUUUAAGGGAUUAAAUUGGUUUGUGUGUGAAAUACUGAAUGGUAUGAGGCUCAAGUUAUCUGAAAUUCCCCCCAAAUUUGGUGAAAUGUGACCUGCCCGGGGAUUUUGAUGGUGGUUUAUCAGAGCAUCAUACACUACCUGUUAAAACCUUUUUUUUUUAUCUGUUGAAGUUUGUGAAUACAGUGUAGGUAAUUAGUAUAUGUGUUACAUAUGUCCAUAGAUCACAGAAAACCCCACUAGAGAUCUGCUUCAAACAACAAUGCUUUACUGUCAGCUCGGUAUGACAAGCUGCACUGUAUUGUAUGUAAUGACUAGAUGACACCCAGACGUUCCUGUGUGAAUGAAUUGUUCUGACACACUAAACAUUUUCUCUAGGUACUUUUUUUCAGAGAUAAAAAAGAUUCCCCAUGGUCAAACAACUAAGUGAGCUAUAUAUAUAUAUGUCUGUUGUGCAAGAACAAACACAGAAGACCAUUCAUUGCUGCUGUUAUGUCUAAAUUGAACUAUAAGCUUUAACCAGUCCUCUCAAGCUAACAUUAUAGCAAUCAUUUUAAAAGGGACAUAUUUCAUUCUACUGUCCAUAUAAUGCUGGUUUUAAAA